UGCCCCAAAAAACAGGAUUUUUAACCGCGAUUAGACCAAACCCAGUCCAGUCCGAGGAGAAGAGCGGCUCUGGAGCGGAUAGGCGCUGUUUAACCCGUGCUGGAGAGUGGUGUGUUGGUGGGUGAGAGGGUAUGAGUGUUUCUGAAAGGCAGCAGGAGGAUCUGAGCACGGCGGACCCCGAGUGGCCAAUGCCAUGAAACUGAAUCCGCAGCAAGCUCCGUUAUACGGGGAGUGUGUGUUAACGGUUCAGCUGAAUGAUGAAGAAUGUGUGGAGGAUGAGGAAGUGGAAUUUUACCUGCUGUUUGCUGGAACAACUCAGAGACACCUGACCACCACACUGAGGGUCAGCCAUGUCACACUGCAGGCUGUGUGUCCAGCUCACAACUGUGGGGAGACUGUGCAGGUCACUCUGUGCCAGGCUCGACCCGGUGGCUUGGUGGACACCGUGGGUGAAGACCGGUUCCAGUUUGUGCAGGACCUUGCCCUGGACAUGGCCCAGUUCCUGCUGAGCGCCUCUGGUCAGCGGGACGGGCUGGAGGGGGCUCUGCUGCUGGACGAGUGCCAGAUCCCCCUGCAGGAGUGUGAGAGACUGGACGAGACGCUGGCCCUCGCCCUCAGACACAUCCCACUACCACCCGGCUGGAGUGUACUCGGCACAGACAUCAACACACACUCCAACACAGCAGAUCCUGGACCCCAUGAGACUCUGCUGCACUUUGCGGCGCGGCGUGGUCUGCGGAGGGUGGCACUGUUCCUGCUGCAGCAACCGGGCGGCCAGGACGCCCUGAGACACCCAAACAAACAGGGACACACACCUGCAGGAGUAGCACACAAAAGAGGACACUCUCAACUGCAGCACCUACUCUCAGAGCUGGAAGAAUCGCCUCGGUUCGAAACCAAAGCAGCCAGGCCACGUUUCCCUGGAGGCAGAGGAUUCCUCCACCACCCCAAGCUGAACACCUUCACACUGACUGUGGACAGCGAUACGGAUACUUCCCCGCCGGACCUGCGGACAGAUGUGGAAGAGCUCCAGCGCUUCAUUAAGUCUCACCCGCAGGAGAAGGGGCUUUCUCUGAUCGAGGAGCAGCAGCCUGUUUCUCUGAUUCUGAGCAAUGAUAUCUUUGACGGCUCUCAGAAAGCUGCGAGAACUUCCUGCCCUGGACCCUCCCUGCAAAACCUGCCGGUGUGCGAGCAUCAAGAAGCCGAGGCAGUAGCUGAGAGAGAAAACGGAGAGCUCCUCAACGGCACUGGGGAUUAUACCCAAUUGGAACAGCUGGAGAAGGUGGUGGAACUGGAGAGUUCGGCUGGUGAGGGUGUGUGUGUAGAGGGCAGGGUGCAGAGUGGAGACAUCAGUGGCACUUCCCGUGGAGAACUACAGCAGGAGGAAGCAGAUAGAGAGGUGUGUGUAAUCACAGCGGAGCAGAAAGAGCACUUUUCAAACACAACACACAAUAAACCCCAAUCUGGCAACUCUGAGGAGGCAGCUAUGGGCCAGUCCCAGGGGCUCCUCCCCUCAGAAACGAAGCACGGAUCUGAAAAGAGUGAGGAAAGCAGGAGACGGGACUUACCAAAGGAAAAGGAAGGAGAAGCUAGCAGUGGUCAGGAAACUGCAGACUUGAGCACAUUGCAGCAAGGCGUUUUAGAGGAAGGUGGUCAAAAGCACAGCGAGAAGCAGGCAGACGGUUGCUGUGUUGAAACACAGGCAAGUUCUGAACAUUUAGGAGCAAAUCAGGGACUAAUCAAUCAAGGACCUCUAAACGUGAACGCGGAGAACAGUUUUGAUGGUGUUUUGAAGGACGACAACCAAAACUCAAGCAAGGUGAGGACAGAAGGCAGCCCAGAGGAAAAUCCUAUACAUUUCAGCCCUGGUUUUGUUGAACAUUCGGAAGUUAUUGCCUCCAAAACAGGUAAUGAAAUUGUGGGCUGUUCAGAAAACAGGAAUGACUCUGCUGGUAGCCCAGAGGAAGAUACAGGAAACCACUGUGCAACAAUAGAAGCGGACAAGGGCAAAGGUUUUAACGUUUUAGAAACGGAUUCUGCUUUGGAUUCUAUUAGCUUACGGCCAAACAUGGCGCCAGGACCCGUUCACAAAGUCCGGCGUGAAUCAUCACCGCUCCCAGAUUGCCGGAAACCUGAGGAAACUGUGGUGGAGGUAACGGAAAAUCCAGGAGACCCAGCGGAACAGGACCAGCAGAUCAAUCAAAUGACCGUUUCUCCAGCUGCAACUGCAUCAGCAAGCGUUAGAGAACUCCCUGACGAAGCUGGCUCUUCUGAUGAUGUAGCUGAUGGUGUAAAUGAUGAAGCCGAUGGAUUUAUGGAGUCUGUAGCUGCUGUUUCUUCCCCAGCUGAGGAGGACAAUGGUGAAGUGGCUUCAAUCCAAGUCACUCCAGGUGGGGCACCAUCAUUAGGAGUAAGUGAAGAUGGAGCUGGAGAGAAAAGAGAUGAUAUAAGAUCUUCUUUAGUUGUGGCUGGAGCUCAAGAAAAAUCAUCACAAAUGAGUGAAGAUGCAUCGUCAUCUGAUCAAGCCACAGUUGGUAAAACACAAACCCACAGAAAGGAAGAUGCACCUUCUUCUGACGUAGCUGCUCUUGAAGAAAAGUCACCAGAUGCUGAAGUAGAGGAAGCAUCCCAAAGGAGUGAAGAUCCAUCUCCAUCUGAGUUGACUGCAGUUGAAGAAACAUUAUCUGGGGAAGGUGAAGCUGUAUCUUCUUCUGUUGAGGCUGCAAUUGGAGAAACAUUACCAGAGGCUGCAAAUGGAGAACCAUCCCAAAGACAUGAAGCUCCUUGUGAUGAGACUGCAAAUGAGGAAGCGUUUUCAAGUGGAAGUGAAAAUGUAUCUCCAGCCGCAUCCUCUUCAGAAGGAGAUACAUCAUCACAACAGAGUAAAGAUGCAUUUGAUUCUGCCGAGGCUACUGUUGGAGAAACAUUACUUGGAGAAAGUGGAGACUCAUCGCUUUCUGAUUUGACUGCACUUAUGGAAAAACUGUCAGUAGUAAGUAAAGAUGCGUCUCCUUCAGAUGAAACUGGAUGUGGAGAAACAUCGCCACAAAGAUGUGAAGAUGGAUCCCCAUCUAGUUUGACUGCAGAAAUUGAAGAAACCUCAGCUGAUACUGGAGUUGGAGAAACAUUAUUCCAGAAAAGUGAGGCUGAAUCUCCUUCUGAAGAGUCUGGAGUAACAGGAGCAGUUACAGAAUCAGUAGAAACACCCCCUUCUGAUUUAACCACAGCUGAAAAAGCUUUAUCUGAAGAAAAUACGGAAUUUAAUGAGUCACAACCUGAAACUGGAGUAAUUACGGAUACUCCAGAGCUCACCCAAGGUCUAGAAGGAUCUCAGAGUCCACAGAAUGAAGCACUGUCUGUAGAUCAAACUCAUGAGGUUCCUACACCAGCCUCCAAACCUGAAGAAGUUCCUUGUAAUCCAUUUGAAGCAUCUGAAGCAACAUGUGUUGUAUCUGGCAAUUCUAAAAAAACUAUUCUACACAACCAGCCAGAAGAGUCAAAUAAAGAAAUGGAUCCAGCAGCAUGCGAGAUACCCUUACCCUCAACCUUAACCUCAACCUCUACAUGCGAUUCUAUGCCAAAGGAAAACAGUGCUGAAAUAAUAACGCUUGACCAACAGUCUGAGGUUGUGACCUCUGGGGCUGAAAGCCAUGUUUCUCAGGCCCUAGAGCAGACCGUCAAAGCAAUACACCCAUCCAGUGAUACACACACCAAAUCUGAAGGGUCAAAUGAGACCAGGGAGGAGUGUGUGAGCUCAAAUAUAGCUUCACACGAGGGUGACUCACCUUCAACAUCUCCAUGUGAUUCCUGUGUUUCCAAAGAAGGUAACAUCCAAGGAAUAUCUCUUGACCCCCAGUCUGAGACCUCUAGAACUGAAGGCCUGGUUCCUGACGCUCCCCUGCCGGUCAGUAUUGCUACUGAUAUAGAAUACACCUCCGCUGACUCUAUAUGUGGCUGUUCUUUGGACAACACCUCCACCUCUGACACACUCGGAGCCUCCACCCUGCCUCUGGAGAAGACUCUCCCUCUGGAUAAGGACAAUGGUACAGCCCUGGGUUUGGACACUGGCUCCCCUGUGGAAGUGGACAGUGGUUUGUCCCAUGACCUGCCACCUUCAGACACUGACAGCAGCCCUGGAGGUUUAUGUGGAAGCAACAGCCUGAACGAGGAGAGAAAUCAGACGGAGGGGGAGUGCAGGGGGAAAGAGGAACCACAUGAGGAACAAGUGGCUGAUAACCACAAUGGUUCAGCUGAGGAUGGACAGACUUCUUUAACAGACAUGGAUCAGGCUGCGAUCCACAGAGAGACAGAGGUGUUCUAUCCACUGGAGUCGUGUUCAGAUGAUCAGGAGCAGAAGGAGCCACCAAGUGCUGAAAACAGCAGCACAGGUUGUAGUGUGGAGGCUGUGUGUCGGUCAGUAUCGGCGAGUUCUGUGGUGGAGUCAGAGUCGAUCAGUGAUGGAGACUCGCUGCUCAGCGUGGAAACCACCGACGACAGCGUCUUUAAACAGAGUGAAGACGCGGUCACACGUACUGCAGACAGUACCAGCGGGGUCUCUGUAACCGGGUCCAGUUCUACAGAUGACUCCUCCAGUCUGGAACCCUGUGGUUCAGAGCCACAGUCAGAAGAAGGCAAUGAAGGCACUCUCACACCCUGCUCUGAUCAACCUAUAGGAGGCGUUCUCACACUGAGCUCUGAUCAGCCUGUUGAAGACACCCUCACGCCAGUCUCUGAUCAUCCUGCAGAAGGUGCCCUCACGCCAGUCUCUGAUCAUCCUGAUGAAGGUGCCCUCACGCCAGUCUCUGAUCAUCCUGCAGAAGGUGCCCUCACUCCAGUCUCUGAUCAUCCUGCAGAAGGUGCCCUCACUCCAGUCUCUGAUCAUCCUGCAGAAGGUGCCCUCACUCCAGUCUCUGAUCAUCCUGAUGAAGGUGCCCUCACGCCAGUUUGUGAUCAGCCUGUAGGAGAUGCCUUGAUUCCAGGCUCUGAGCAGCCUGCUGAAGGUGCUCCUCAGACUGCAGGAGAAACUGAGGAAGAAGAGAGGAAGGACCGUCUGUCCGAGGUUCCAGAGCGCUCGGCUAUUCUGCGCUCCUCAGUGCGCUCUCUCUCUCCAUCACGCAGACACAGCUGGGGGCCGAGCAAGAACUCCGCUGGAGAAGCUGAGACGCAGGUCCAGCGCAGUGUGGUGCAGAGUGCAGAUGGAGGGAAACCUGCAGGACACAGGAGAAGUAUGAGCUGGUGUCCCUCAGAUGUUCCCCGUCCAGAGACUGAUGAAAUGAAUGCCAGAAGUUACAGUUUGGAGGGUCUGGCUGAGGGGGACGUGGGGAAGUGCUCUGCUCUGAGACAGGCAGAACCCCAGCAUGACUCCAGCCGACCCGGCCGACUGGACAGUGAGGAGAGGGGGUCACUGGUGUCCCUCACUGAGGAGGAACAGGAGUCUGACAUGGGAGACGCCAGCAGUCUUGACAGCCAGCAGUCAGUUCAGGGUGGAAGGCGCUGUGCUCCACCUCCACCUCUGGCCCUCACCAAGUCCGUCUCCAUGUCGGCCAUUAGCCCGAGGGACCUAGAUGUGAUUGGACGAACUCGACCCAAGCGGCGAAUCAGCUUCUCCUUCAGCGUUUCGCCAAUCCUGGCCAAAUCUAAAACUCUGUUUGCUAUUGGCUCUUCAUCUAGUGAGGAUGAGGAGGCUGCCAAUUUAAAUUCUUUCACGAGAACAGCGGAAUCACUGGAGAACAGUAUAUCCGAGGAGGAUCCGGGUCCUUUGAGGAGUGACAGUUCUGAGGCCCGUGUGGGCGGGACUAAAGUGAGCCGCACUUUCAGCUACCUCAAGAGCAAGAUGAGCAAGAAGAGCAAGGAAAAGGAUCGAGAAAAGAAUAAGGAUGGAAAAGAGAAAGAGAAGAGGAGUUCCAGUGGGCAUCUGUUCAGCUCUGUCUCUACAGUGCCCCCUAGCCCCUGCCUUCAGUGCAGCAAAACCAUCAACACUAAAGACGCCCUGCAGUGUGCAAACUGCAGUGCUCAUAUCCAUAAGGGCUGCAGGGAGGGGCUGCCUGUGUGCGCAAAAGUCAAGAUGAAGCAGCAGCAAACUGUUCCUGAUUCAGCUUCAGGCCCUGGAGUCCCCCUGAGGAGUAAAUCUGUAACAGUGCGAGAGCGACCAUGGUCCACUGUCAUGGCUCCUGAUGACCAGAUGCCUCCUCCUCCCAUCCCCCCACCACGGAAAAGCCCCGGCAUCAUGGCCUUCAACACCAGCCCUCUGUCCAAGAGCAUCUCCAUCAGCAACAUCGCAGGGCAAACAGACGAUGCUCCUCUCAAAGGCCUGAAGUUUCUGUCUCAGUCCACAGACUCUCUGCACAAAGUCAGCAAAGUCAACGAGUCCACGGAGUCGCUCACUGAUGAAGGUGCAGAACUGAUGGAAGGUCAGCUGAUGUGGGACUUUGAAUCAGAUGCAAAGGAGCUGGAGGCUGAUUCCUGGAGCUCAACUAUGGACAAGAAGUAUCUAAAACAGCUCAAGAAGGAUGUGGUCAAGAGACAGGAUGUCAUUUAUGAACUGAUCCAGACGGAGAUGCACCACGUGCGGACUCUGCACAUCAUGGCUGAUGUUUACAGUAAAGGUCUGCAGAAGGAGAUGCAGCUGGAGACGCAGACGCUCGAAAAGAUGUUCCCCGUGAUGGAGGAGCUCCUGGAUGUUCACACAGAUUUCUUCACACACCUGCUGGAGAGGAAGAGGGCGGAGCAAGCUGAGAAAGACGUGCAGGGAGGAUAUAUCAUCCGCAGGAUCGGAGAUGUGCUGCUGGAGCAGGUCACGGGUUUUAAUGCUGAUCGAAUGACGAAAGUUUAUGGAAAGUUUUGCAGCCGCCACAAUGAGGCUGUAAACCUGUACAAGGAGCUACAUGCCAAAGACAAGCGAUUUCAGGCCUUCAUCAAGAAAACAAUGAGCAGUAGCAUCGUCCGGAGGCUGAGUAUUCCUGAGUGUAUUCUGUUAGUGACUCAGCGAAUCACCAAAUACCCAGUGUUAUUGCAGAGGAUCCUCCAGCACACCAAAGAACCGGAGGAGGAGCAGGGGGACACGGCUGAAGCUCUACAGCAGGUGAAGGAGGUGAUAGCAGCCGUGGAUUUGAAGGUGAGUGAGUAUGAGAUGAGACAGAGACUGAAGGAGAUUCACAGCCGCACGGACAGCAAAUCCAUCAUGAGAAUGAAGAGCGGCCAGAUGUUCGCCAAAGAGGACCUCAUUAGAGGGCGGAGACUUGUACAUGAUGGACCAUUGCAGCUGAAGAACACAGCCGGGCGAUUAAAAGAUGUGCAGGCUCUGCUGCUGUCCGACGUGUUUGUGUUCCUGCAGGAGAAAGACCAGAAAUACGUUUUUGCUUCACUGGAUCAGCGCUCUACAGUCAUCUCUCUGAGGAAGCUGAUAGUGAGGGAGGUGGCCAACGAAGAGCGCGGCCUGUUCCUCAUCACAGCGGGGAUGGAGAAGCCAGAGAUGGUGGAGGUUUAUUCCAGCUCCAAAGUAGAGAGGAACACUUGGAUCCAGCUCAUCCAGAACACCAUGCAGUCCAUAGAGAAGGAGGAUGAUGAAGGAAUUCCGAGUGAAAACGAGGAAGACAAGAGACUCCAAGAGGUUAAAGCCAAAGAGAUGAGAGAUCAGCUGCAGAAGAAGGAUGAUCAGAUCGUGGGAUUGUUGGAGGAUAAGGUGCGGUUGUUUCGGGAGCUGUGUGAGUGCAGCCCUGCCGAGGACGCCACGCUGCGCAGCAGGAUGAUGUUCAGGGCCACCCCUGAUGAGGUCACUAAAGGAGAGCCCAUCAUUAGCCAUGCUCUGAAGGAAGUGGAGAAGCUGCAGGAGCUGGUGAACGGUAGUGUGUGUGGAGCGGUGGGUCAGCAGGUGUGUGCGGGUCAGGAGAGUGUGUGUGUGAGCUCUGUGAGCUUACCGCGCAGAGCAGAAACAUUUGGCGGAUUCGACAGCCAUCAGAUGAACAGCUCCAAGACCAAAGAUGGAGAGAAAGAGGAAGCGGAUGAGUCAGUGGACCUCCGGAGAACUGAGUCAGACAGCGUUCUAAAGAAGGGAGGCAAUGCAAACCUGCUGCUACUGCUCAAGAGAAACAGUGAGCAGGUACUCCAGAGUGUCACUCGUCUUCAUGACCUUUUAAACACAUUACAGGCCGUGGUCGUUCAGCAGGACACCUUCAUUGAGGACCAGCGUCAGGCUCUAAACGAUCGCUCCUCCCGACACCCCUCAGUCUCCUCGUCCUCAUCGUCCUCGUCUUCCUCGCGGCCCGCGUCUCUGAUCGAGCAGGAGAAGCAGCGGAGUGCCGAGCGUCUGAGGCAGGAGGCGGAGGAGAGGAGGCGCAGGCAGAAAGAGUGGGAGCAGAAGGAGAAAGAGGUGCAGCAGAGAGAGGAGCGCUUAAAUGCCCUGGAGGAGGAGAACACAAAGAGGCGCAGGGAGCUGGACGAGGAGAAAAACGAACUGCAGAACAAAAAGGAGGAGUACCAGAGAGAUCUGGCCAGGCUGAGAGACAGCCAGAGGAGACUGGAGAGAGAGAGGGAGCAACUGUACACACAAUCACAGCUACGGCAAAAUGUUGAAGAUCAUCUCCAGCCGAGGCAGCGCACCUCCUCUACCGCCUCUGAGGACUCUCUGAAGCUCCAGAGCGCCACAGAGCCGGCUGAAGGUGUGGAGCUGUCCUCCUCUCCUUCCACCCACGACCUGCUGAGCCGACUCGACUCCAAACGCAAGAGCAAGAACCUGAACCUGUUCUCCUCCGGAUCUGGCCAGAAGGGCGGCGCCACCGCAGAGCCACAGAGCCAGAUGCCCUCCCGCCUGCUGCAGCUCGCCAAGCCCAAAGAGAAGAAGGAGAAGAAGAAGAAGAAAGGCAAAGGGCAGCAGAAUCAACCCACAGACGCGCAGGGUGCUGCAGAACCAGGAUCUUCUGCAGUUUUUUUCUGCUGAACUCAGUCUGUGUCCUCCACAGUUCCCACCAGAUCAUGUUCUUCCAGUGUUGGUCAGACAGAGGUGGUCAGACACAGCUUGGAUACACAGUGUGGAUGAAAACCCAAUGAAACUUCCCUUUUUGUGCAAAAACCUGCCAAGGCUCCUUAUUUUUCUCACUCUUUUGCGUUUUUCACACAAACACACACCCACGUCAGCACUCACUCGGGGUGAUUUUUAAUGUGUGACUUGUAGCUCGUCUUUGGGAAGGUUGGUGUCGGUAUGUCGGAACACGCUGGGCACUUUCUGGAAGCUUUUUUUUUUUUUUUUUUACCCACCCCUUUAUGUUUUAUUAAUUAAAGGGAGCAAAAAAAGGAGAUUUGAAACAGCAGGAGACAUCUGCUGGAUUCAUGGGUUUCCUCCAGGCCUCUGGGGGCGCUUUCAUUUUUACUGAAGGACACAUGACCAAUGGAACUGCUAAUGAUUUUUAACUUGUUUUUAUGUAAGUAAAAUCCAACCACCACUUGCGAUAAAAUAAGACUUUCUAGACUUUUUCCCCACUUUCUCCUGUUUUCACACUGUCCUCGUGAGACCAUUCAAAAGCCUUCAGAGUUUCUACCAAAAGUUUGGGGGCACCGAGCUUUUCACACUGUGUUUAAUGCAAAUUAGAUUUUUUUUCCCGAUUGUAGGUCCGCAGUAUUUUAACUUAUAAAAUAGAAAGCUGAUCUAAAAGCUGCGGUCUUACUUUUUUAGUUAAUUAAAUCAACGAUACUGAUGUUCAGUCUUGGGUUUAAUUCCAAAAGACUAAAUUAGUACUAUUAGUAUUAUAUAGUACUACAAGUAGUAUUGGAUGGGACUACUUGUAAUACUACCAUUAUUACAAAAAGCAAACCAGUUUCAUUACUGCUCUCUGUGUUUGUCUAAUAUUAGUGCCUUUUUGCUAAAUUUCUAAUCUUAUCCUUAAUAAUGUGGUUAAUUUUGUUCAGGAAAAAAUGUAUUUUCUGCACAUAUUAGACACAAUUUCUAAUUAUCUACUGAAUAUAACAUAUAUACAAAUAUAAACAAAGUGCCUUAAUGGUUUUGCACACCACAUUUCAUGUUUUAUUGUUUUCAAAUCUAUUAAAUUCAGUAAGAAAACAUUAAUUGUGUAUUAAUAUGUACAAGUAUGUGCCUGUGUAUACUUUGUGCGUAUUUAGUUGUGCGCAUGUAAAUGAUCUGUACAUGGAGUUUGACCAGGGCUGCCUAUAUAUCUGUGCCUACAACCGUAUGGCUGCACAUACUGUAGCUGCUCACUGUUAACUAAACAACUUACAAAACUAAAACAGUAUGAAAGACAGUGCAGCUUGGUGUCCCCAGACUUUUGACAGCCACUUUAUUCCCCCUCCUGUUAGCGCAGAGCAGCACAGUGGUGAUUCAGGGUUGAUGAGAUUUGAUCUACUGUAUGAAGGGAAGGAGAGAGGAGUGUGAGUGAACGCACACUUCAGUUUUAGUGAUGAAAGAGUAAUGAACUGAUGUAAUUGGGGUGUUUUUUUAUUUUUAUGUAAAUGAUCCCUCUUUUUUUAAAUCAAAAUAAGACUGAACAGAAGGGAGGGGAAUUACACUGAACGGGUGACGGCAGUUUUAAAACAGCAGUGUGCGCAUGUUUGUGUAUUAUUAUUGCGUUUCUUUAUGGAAUUUGAGUUUAUUUUAGCACUUUAUGAGGCACAUUCUGUUUAAAGGGGGCAAAGUAUCUGGCUUUAAUCAGAGAGAGACAAUCAGUCUGCUCCAAAAGACAAAACAAACCUGCUCAGAUGUUCUCAUAGGAAUGAGAACUGAGCAGAACCAUGAGAUUUACGUACCUUAUGAAUGUUGUUCAUAUAUAUUUUUAUUUUUUUUGGCAACCAAACACAGUACCUAUGAUGUGGGUAUUUUUGUAAAUCAAUGGAUUUAUAUAUUUAAUGAUAAUCCAGCUAAGGGAAAAAUGUUUAUCAGGUCACUGAUGGAUAUUAAUGAUGGAUCAUUUAUUAGAUGAGCGCUAAACUGCAAUAAAAUAUAUAUUAGUGAUUGAAAUCAUUAUAUCAAAUUAAAAAAUAUAUAUUUAACUUAUAAUCUUAUCUUACAAUUUCCUUACAACAAAAAUGCUUAAAAUGUGUUAAAUUAUAGUAAAACACAACUUAAAUAUGCUGACGACACAAAAAUUGAUAAAUAACAAUAUUCAGACUAGAUUUAAGAUGAUUUCACUUGCUAAUAUAUUAUUAUUUGCAGUGAAGACACUGUCUGCUCAGCUUUGAUUGGAGGAAAUACGCCAGUGUAUAAAUGCGUAUGUUAGUGUUUCUGUUAUUUUGCCCAGAUCGUUUGAAAUCUGGGUCCAGUGAAGGAGUCCUCGCCUGCAGGCCGGGCAUUUCUGUUACUCUGGGAAACAAUUUAGCCUGUCAGAAACAGAGAGAAUGACAUGAAUUAAAGUUUCAAAUGGGGAAAAAUAACAAUGGAAAGACAAUCCAGUCCUCUCCUGCCUUCCUAUUGGUUGGCGCUGAUGAAUGUGUCAUAGCUUUGAUGAUCAGAAGACACCACUUGUGUAACGUCUACGUUUUUUGCCAUGUAUCUUUUCUUUAAAGUAUAAUUGCAGCAUGGUGCUAAACUACCUAGACCACCAGGGGGCGCUCUGGCUGCUUUCAUUCAUACUGCUGCCAAACAAUGUAGAACCAUUUUUUUCUGUUCAUGUAAUGUUUAUCUGCUCCAGAGCGGCCACAUAUCAGCACACACUGAGUGCCUUUUAGCUUAUGGAGGAAUAGAGUCACAUAGAAAACUGAUCCCAGCCUUUAUUCAGAGGAUAUUUACAUAAUAUAUUCAUAAGCACUGAAUAACUUAAUUUACUAACAUCUUAUGUCAGCAUUCAUAAGAUGAUCUUAGAUGGUUUUGUUUGAGGUAAAUUAUGAUGUAAACUAAAAUGGGGCAUUGGUUUUAUUUGUAUCACUCUUAUGAAGCAUUGUAAAUUCAGACUGGAAAGCAUGUUUACCAGAUUUAACAUUAGUGUAAGAGCAUACAAAUAAUAUGAUAAAAUAUCAUAUACAGUAACUUCACAUGGAAAUACACUGUAUUGCCAAAGGUAUUUCCUGGAAAAUUCAUGGAAUUAAAAAAUGAAAAUUCCCAGGCCUGAAUAAGUUUUGGAAAAAUAAAAAUACCCAGAAAGUUUUGGAAAAGUCAUGGAAAAUUGCUCUACAAAUCUGUGUUUCAGUUUAUCGAUGGAGAAAAUCUAUUUUUUAGCUAACAAAUACAUCAGCUCAGAAACAAUUCAGUAAUUUAGUCUCUACACAAUGGAGCUCUCAGGAUCUGACACACAUUUUAUCAUUAAAGAUUGUGUGUCAACAUUUUAUCUGAUUCAUUUUAGACCUACUAUAAUCAGUUUUGAUUAUAGUUUAGUUGAUUUUUGGUUUCCUUGUCUGUGUCUGCACUGAUGUUUUAAAAAAUCGUACGGUCAUGAAAAUGUGCCUUGAAGGCCUGAAAAAGAUUUGAAGGCAUGAAAAAAAUGUAUUGGUUAAAUCGUUUAUGAACCCUGGAAUUUACUCACUCAUCCAAAUAAUUGAACUUAGGUUCCAAUCAAUUCCAUGGCCACAGGUGUAUAAAACCAAGUACCUAGCAUCCAGACUUAUUCUAAAAACAUUAAUGAAAAUUGGGUCGCUCUUGGAAGCUCAGGGAAUUACAGCAUGGAUCCACCUGUGCAACAAGUCCAGUCAUAAAAUUUCCUCACUACUAAAUAUUCCACAGCCAACUGUCAGUGAUAUUAUAACGCAGUGGAAGAGACUGGAAACGACAGCAACUCUGUGCUCUGUCAUUGUAAAAUGACAGCAACAGAGUGGGGUCAGUGGAUAAUGAGGAUUAGAGGAACCAACUUUCUGGUUCUUUCUAGCUCAAGAACAGCAGAGUGUAAAGAGCUUCAUGGAAGUCUUACAUCAACAAACGCAGAAUAGGCGAGCAGAUACUUCUGGCAAUAUAGUGUAUUACUUUAUUUUACUUCAACAGUGGUGUAAUCAGAAUACGCUAGUUUAGUUUAAAGGUCAUUAAGUCAGUGCAGUGUGAUUUUUACUUUACUGCUAUACUGCAAAAAAAUAUAUAUUUUAGUUAAUGCAACAAUCCUAAAGUACUGUUGUUUUUUUUGUAUUUCAAACUCUCAAAACUUUAAUUUUAGGUCUACUAAUUAUUUAGUACCUAUAUAUUUUUCAAUAACUGUGGUUAAAAAAAUAUCGAUGCUGUCCAAUGAAAAACACUUAUCUCCAAAACAGCAACUUUACAGGAGAGAGAAAAAACCUCAAUGUAAAAAGAUAUUAUUUCAUGUCAUUUUGAAGAGUUUCCAUUGGUUCGUUCAUCAAAAAAGUUUGGCAGAGUGUAAAAUGAUGUAGUAAACUAAAAAUCAAUAAAACUAAAAAUCAGGUGUUUUUAAUAGGACAAUGACAAUAUGCGAGAGUAUGAGGAAUUAAAGUACAGGCACAUACAGGCCUCUGGGGUUUGAGUUCUGAUGAGUAAUGAGAGUAUCGAGUGAAGUUUCCAUAUUUUACCAUCUUUCUCCAUGUUAAAAAUGUGUAGAAAUUAGUUAAAUAAUAAUCAAAUUCUAUCUUCCAAAAUUUCUAAAUAAUUUCUUCUUUAUAACGGGUAAUAUGAAUGGAACAAAUGUCUGCUAGUUUCAUGUAAAUGCUCUUGGAUACCAUUCCAUUGAGAUUCUACCUUAUAUGUUCUUCAUCAUCCUAUUAAUGCUGGCAUAAGGUGUUCAUAAAUGUAAUGAAGCCCAUGUGUAAGUAUCCUUCCAAUAGUGCUGCCAGUAAUUGUAAUAUAAGUAAAUGCAAAUAUCUUUAACAUGCCUUAACCGACUCAAUGCCUUCUCAUUCAACACCUCAACAAACGCCCACAUCAGGGAACAAAAAUGAAAACGGGGAAUUGUAUUAAUUCUAAUAAAAACCCAGCUCAUGCUCAUUAUAUAUUUGUGAACUGAUAUGUGUUGGGGAAUUUACAGAUUUACAGAAUGAAAUGCACUAGAUAACUAAUCCAUCACUCAGACUGCAGCGCUUCCUGCUUCAGUGUGCUCUGAAAAUUAAAGGGUAUUUACUAAAUGGUACCGUUUUAAUUUCACUUUGAAAUGUUGUGUAAAGAAGGGCAAAACGACAAUUUUGUAAAUAUCUUUAAUGUACAAAUUGUAAAAGUAUUAGUUGUGGAUUUUUUUUGUGAUUUGAUUCAAGCUUUUUAUAACAGCUCUAUUUAUCAGUAUUUGAUGAUAUAAAAAAAACAACAAUCUCUUAAUAAAUAACUGUUAGUGUA